UUAAAUCCACUGUUUUUCUCUCUUCAGGAUAAAACAUGAGAACAUUGUGGCUUUGGAGGACAUCUAUGAGAGCCCAAACCACCUAUACCUCAUCAUGCAGUUGGUGUCUGGGGGUGAGUUGUUUGACCGCAUUGUAGAGAAGGGCUUCUACACAGAGAUGGAUGCCAGCAGACUCAUUAAACAGGUGCUGAAUGCUGUCAACUACCUCCACGACAUGGGCAUCGUACACAGAGACCUCAAGCCAGAGAACCUUCUCUACUACAACCCCCAUGAUGAGGCUAAGAUCAUGAUCAGUGACUUUGGUCUGUCUAAGAUGGAGGGGACAGGAGACGUGAUGGCUACAGCCUGUGGAACACCAGGAUAUGUGGGUGAGGAGGCUCUCUGGUUGCAAGGGUGUAACUUUGUGUUGCGAAUUGUGGGGUGCCACCCCCCCAGGAGAUUUUAUUUAUGUUUCUGGUGAAUUCUGGGCUUCAACUGAAUAAUGACUGUAUUACUUUAAACUGUGAGUUUGUCUCAGUUCAGAUAUUAACCAUGUUUGGCAAUUGUUUUGUAGAACGUCUAUUGUUUUGUAGAACGUCUAUGAGAACGUUAGUUCUAAGGUGCGUUCAGUACCGAAUGACACGUUUCCACAGAAUGUUCUUCAACAUUCUUGAACAGACUUUGAAGUAGCCUACGUUUGCCUUGAAGCAAUGAGUGACGUAUUUGAAUGAAAGCGUUGUAUUUUUCACCCCUCCUCGGUUUUCAACGGGUCAUUCAGAACAGCACCGUUUAAUUGAACGAUACAUUACAUUUUCCUCCCUCCAAAAAAUGUGCAUAACAACAAAUUGUUUCAUAUUAUCAGGCUGGUUGGUGUGUUUUAUUAACCAAUAAGCCUCCAACACUCUACUCAACAUGGGGAUUUGUCACCAAAGCCCCAUAUACUACCCACCACUGCGACCUGUACACUCUCAUUGGCUGGCCCUCGCUUCAUACUUGUUGCCAAACCCACUGGGUACAGGUCAUCUAGUCUUUGCUAGGUAAAAGCCCCGCCUUAUCUCAGUUCACUGGUCACCAUAGCAGCACCCACACACAGCAGGUAUAUUUCACUGGUCACCCCCGAAGCCAAUUCCUACUUUAGCCACCUUUCCUUCCAGUUCUCUGCUGCCAAUGACUGGAACAAACUGCAAAAAUAGCUGUAGCUGGAGACUCUCAUCUCCCUCACUGACUUCAAGCACCAGCAGUCAGAGCAGCUCACAGAUCAUUGCACCUGUACAUAGCCCAUCUGUAAAUAGCCCAUCCAACUAUCUCAUCCCCGUACUGUAUUUAUUUAUUUAUCUUGCUCCUUUGCACCCCAGUAUCUCUACUUGGACAUUCAUCUUCUGCACAUCUAUCACUCCAGUGUUUAAUAGCUAUAUCGUAAUUACCUCUCCACUAUGGCCUAUUUAUUGCCUUACCUCCCUUAUCUUACCUCAUUUGCAGUCACUAUAUAUAGACUUUUUGUACUUGUAUUAUUGACUGUAUUUUUUUUUAUUCCAUGUGUGACUCUGUGUUGUUGUAUGUGUCAAACUGCUUUGCUUUAUCUUGGCCAGGUCGCAGUUGUAAAUGAGAACUUGUUCUCAACUAGCCUACCUGGUUAAAUAAAGGUGAAAUAAAAAAAAUGAACUGUCGUCUAACUGAUCAAUCAAUCAAUCAAUCAAAUUUUAUUUAUAUAGCCCUUCGUACAUCAGCUGAUAUCUCAAAGUGCUGUACAGAAACCCAGCCUAAAACCCCAAACAGCAAGCAAUGCAGGUGUAGAAGCUAGGAAAAACUCCCUAGAAAGGCCAAAACCUAGGAAGAAACCUAGAGAGGAACCAGGCUAUGUGGGGUGGCCAGUCCUCUUCUGGCUGUGCCGGGUGGAGAUUAUAACAGAACAUGGCCAAGAUGUUCAAAUGUUCAUAAAUGACCAGCAUGGUCGAAUAAUAACAAGGCAGAACAGUUGAAACUGGAGCAGCAGCACAGUCAGGUGGACUGGGGACAGCAAGGAGUCAUCAUGUCAGGUCGUCCUGGGGCACGGUCCUUGGGCUCAGGUCCUCCGAGAGAGAGAAAGAAAGAGAGAAUUAGAGAGAGCAUAUGUGGGGUGGCCAGUCCUCUUCUGGCUGUGCCGGAUGGAGAUUAUAACAGAACAUGGCCAAGAUGUUCAAAUGUUCAUAAAUGACCAGCAUGGUCAAAUAAUAGUAAGGCAGAACAGUUGAAACUGGAGCAGCAGCAUGGCCAGGUGGACUGGGGACAGCAAGGAGUCAUCAUGUCAGGUAGUCCUGGGGCAUGGUCCUAGGGCUCAGGUCCUCCGAGAGAGAGAAAGAAAGAAGGAGAGAAUUAGAGAACGCACACUUAGAUUCACACAGGACACCGAAUAGGACAGGAGAAGUACUCCAGAUAUAACAAACUGACCCUAGCCCCCCGACACAAACUACUGCAGCAUAAAUACUGGAGGCUGAGACAGGAGGGGUCAGGAGACACUGUGGCCCCAUCCGAGGACACCCCCGGACAGGGCCAAACAGGAAGGAUAUAACCCCACCCACUUUGCCAAAGCACAGCCCCCACACCAUUUACAUUUACAUUUAAGUCAUUUAGCAGACGCUCUUAUCCAGAGCGACUUACAAAUUGGUGCAUACACCUUAUGACAUCCAGUGGAACAGCCACUUACAAU